AUGCGAAAGAUUAGGCAAGGAGUGUGCAUAUGGAGCCUCGUUGAGAAAACGAGGGCCACGCACUCGAUCGCAAGAGCGGCCGCACCAACAGACCCAGCAUCCAAUAGCCCAGACAGUGAUACAUCACCGCUACUGGAAGACACUCCUGGAGCUUCUUCUUCUGAAGCUUUUGCUGAUACUUUCAACACGAAUAGCGCAGGGCUCGUUGAUGAAGAAAAUAAGUUCACCGCCUACGAUCCGGUCGAUGCCGGGAUUUUGCAAGGGAGCGAAGCGACAGAGCUUCUCGAUGAGUUCCGUCGCGAUUACACGGACUGCUUCCCUUUUGUUGUCGUGGAUCCUGCGUUGGACGUCGAUACGCUAAGACAAGAACAACCUUUCCUCUUCCUUUCCAUCAUGUCGAUCAUGGCUUAUCGAACGCCAAGCAUACAACGUGCUUUAGGCGAAGCUUUCAGACGUCAGAUCGGGACACGAAUAGUCGGAAGCUCACAUAAAGGUUUGGAGAUGCUACAGGGACUUCUGCUUUACUCAGCCUACUACCACUACUAUUACCGUCCUAGACAGCAGCAGCUCGUUCUAAUGACACAAAUAUUGUCGGUCAAGGCUAAGAGUCGUGGCUUCUCGGAUGCUCCCUCCGUCCUCACAAAUGCAGAGAACAGAGCUAUGCUGGGCACCUUUUAUAUUGCCGCAGCGUUUGCACAAGCGUGGCGAAAGCGCACUACCGUGCCUUACACACGAGCACUUGCUCGUGCUUGUCAAGAUUUCUCUCAAAGACCAGAGUUUGAUUCUGAUCUCCUCAUUACGCCUCUUGUACAGUCGAGUGAGCUGAUGUGUCGCAUCAACGAUUGUUUCUCGUACGAUGAAAUUGAGGAUUCAGACAUCAAUGGAGAUACAUUGCUGAAACUGUCGACGAACAAUUUCAGCGCGGAGAUUCAGCGGUUACGGGAUGCUAUACCAGAGUCUAUACGAGGGAACAAUACCGUGCGCUUAGGCUUUGACAUGCUUAAUGUGAUGGUGUACGAAUGCUCGAUUCACAGCACUUUGUGGCGUAAUUCACCUUCAGAUCGAUCCUCGACAAUGACCCAUGCACGGAUCAUUAUGCUUCAACGCUCCUUACUGGCCUCGCAAAACUUUGCGCGUUCGCUUCUUGCGACACCGACAUCUUCACUGAACGGAUUGAACUGCACCACCUGGGGAGGGUGGUUUUAUUCGACAGUCCUCGUACUAAAAAUCAUUGUCCUGCAGAGGUUCGGCGAAACAGACUCUGCACGCGUGAACAGCGUGCCGCAUACAGUCGGCGAUCUUCUGCUCAAGAUCAUGGUGGCAGCACGACAAGAAGAUCUCUAUCUCGAAGAGUGGGAGCUUGUGACGCUAUUUAGAGUCUUUCAUUCAAAAGAAGAGGAUCGACCAGUAACGCAAAAGCCUUAUUUUAUGAAGGUCGCAACACUGCAAACGGCGUUGCUAGAUGAGAUAAAGAAGAUGGCGUGUUUUCGACCCGAUGAUGUCCACAUACAGCAACCCGAGUAUGAUAUCCCGACAUCAGGCUAUUCAGGAGGGGUAUCUCAGGGUUAUGAACAUCAACAAACUCUGAGUGGCCAAUUCCAAGACCCGGGGUCAAUGGACCCUGAUGCGGCCUUCGGUUUUGGGAACCCAAACAAUAUGGCCACAUUCGGGUUUCAGCAGGGACAACAGCCCCCAGUGGAUGAUUGGCUGUGGAACAUGGUUUUGAAUGAUGUCAACAUGUUCACAAUGUAG